UCGCACAUCAGGCGGCGCUACUAAAAUUCGCGGCAACUUUUCCCUCCAAGCGAGCAGAAUUCUGUCUGUUUCCCUAUAGCAGCUGCUCCUAUCUGUCAACGCAAAUAUCACUCCGCUCUAUUUUGCCGAAUUUUAAGGAAGACAUUGCCGACACAAGGUUCACAGAGCACCACUGAGACUGCCUUAACAUGGUUGCUGGAUCUUUAAGUCGUAUGUUUGUGCUUAAGCGAGAUGGACGCAAGGAGGAGGUCCACUUUGACAAAAUCACGUCUCGAAUCCAGAAACUCUGUUAUGGCCUCAACAUGGAAUUUGUCGACCCGCCUUCAAUCACACUCAAGGUCAUCAGCGGCUUGUACCCUGGGGUCACAACCGUGGAACUGGAUAACCUUGCCGCCGAAACCGCGGCCACCAUGACCACAAAGCAUCCUGAUUAUGCCACGCUGGCUGCACGAAUUGCUGUGUCCAAUCUGCACAAAGAGACCAAGAAGUCAUUCAGCGAGGUUAUGGAUGACCUGCACAAGAUGGUGAACAAGCACAAUGGGCUGAAGACCCCCAUGCUCUCCGACUACCACCACAAGAUCAUCAUGAAAAACGCUGACCGACUCAACUCGAGCAUCAUCUACGACAGGGACUUCAGCUACAACUACUUUGGCUUCAAGACGCUGGAGCGUUCGUACCUCCUGCGCAUUGACGACAAGGUGGUGGAGCGUCCGCAGCACAUGCUGAUGCGAGUCGCCGUCGGCAUUCACGGCGAGGACGUCGACGCUGCCAUCAACACGUACAACCUGCUGUCGGAACGCUAUUUCACGCACGCGUCACCCACGCUGUUCAACGCGGCCACCUGCAAGCCGCAGCUGUCGAGCUGCUUCCUGCUCACUAUGAAGGAUGACAGCAUCGAUGGCAUCUAUGACACUCUGAAGCAGUGCGCCCUCAUCUCCAAGUCGGCUGGCGGCAUCGGCGUCAACGUGCACUGCAUCAGGGCCUCUGGCUCGUACAUAGCCGGCACCAACGGCAUAUCCAACGGACUCGUGCCCAUGCUCAGGGUCUACAACAACACGGCCAGAUACGUCGACCAGGGAGGAAACAAGCGUCCUGGAGCGUUUGCCAUUUACCUUGAGCCGUGGCACGCGGACGUGUUUGAGUUUUUGGAGCUGAAGAAAAACACAGGCAAGGACGAAGUGCGCGCCCGCGACCUCUUUUACGCCCUGUGGAUCCCUGACCUGUUCAUGAAGAGGGUUGAGAGCAACGGCGACUGGUCCCUCAUGUGCCCCCACGAAAGCCCUGGCCUCCAGGACUGCUGGGGAAAGGAAUUUGAGACGCUCUACGAAAAGUACGAGAACGAAGGGCGGUUCAGGAAAAAGGUGAAAGCCCAGAAACUGUGGUACGCGAUCAUUGAGUCGCAGGUCGAGACUGGAACCCCUUACAUGCUGUACAAGGACGCGUGCAACCGAAAGUCGAACCAACAGAAUCUCGGCACUAUCAAGUGCAGCAAUCUCUGCACCGAAAUUGUUGAGUACAGCUCCCCUGAUGAGAUUGCAGUGUGCAACUUGGCUUCCAUCGCUCUGAACAUGUUUGUGAAGCCUGACCGCACUUACGAUUACCAAAAGCUGAAGGAUGUUACCAAGGUGGCCACCAAGAACCUCAACAAGAUCAUUGAUGUGAACUACUACCCUGUUCCUGAGGCGGAGCGGUCAAACAAGAGGCACCGUCCAAUUGGGCUGGGAGUUCAAGGUCUGGCUGACACCUUCAUCCUCAUGAGAAUGCCUUUCGACAGUGAUGAUGCCAGGGAUCUGAACAAGAAAAUAUUUGAAACCAUUUACUUUGGUGCUCUGGAAGCCAGCUGUGAACUGGCAAAGGAGCUUGGACCCUAUGAGACCUAUGAGGGAAGCCCAGUCAGCAAGGGAAUCCUGCAACACGAUAUGUGGGGAGUUGAACCUGGAACUAAGCUGUGGAACUGGCCGGAGCUGCGAGAAAAGAUCAAACAGCAUGGAGUUCGCAAUUCGCUGCUGGUCGCCCCGAUGCCAACUGCCUCAACCGCUCAGAUCCUGGGCAACAAUGAGAGCAUCGAGCCAUACACGUCAAAUAUCUACACUCGGCGAGUGUUGUCUGGCGAGUUCCAGGUGGUCAACCACCACUUGCUGCGUGACCUCACUGAGCGGGGACUGUGGAACGACGAAAUUAAGAGUACCAUCAUUGCCCACAACGGCUCCAUUCAGGCUGUUGAUGGCAUUCCAAAUGACCUGAAGGCUCUGUACAGAACCGUGUGGGAAAUCCCGCAGAAAGGUAUUCUGGAAAUGGCUGCUGACCGCGGAGCCUACAUUGAUCAGAGCCAGUCGCUCAAUGUCCACAUCGCAGAGCCCAACUAUGGAAAGCUCACCUCAAUGCACUUCUUUGCCUGGAAGCAGGGUCUGAAGACUGGCAUGUACUAUCUGCGCACCAAGCCGGCCGCCAACGCCAUUCAGUUCACGGUGGACAAGAGCAAGGUGCAGAACUCUGCGCCCGUCGAGAACAGCGCUGCAAAUGGCGCCGGUGACAAAGAGCCGUCCGUCGAAAGCAUCAACAUGAAGGCGAUGAUGUGCUCUUUGGAGAACAAGGACGAUUGCAUGAUGUGUGGAUCAUAGGUACCGCAUCCUUCUUUGUAAAACCACUUGUCAAAUUCCUAUACUAUUCAGUGAUACGAUGGCCAAAAUGUUUAUAUUUAACGAAUACUUAUUUUGAAACGAGUCCAUCACUUUAAACUCGGUUGUCAUAUUUUACAGUUUUGUACACUCAAUUUGUCAAUUAAAUCUCACCUAGAUAGAUGGCAUUUGUGCUUGAGCUGCCAGCAAAUUUCUCACUAGACGUGUACGGUUUAAAAGCAAUAAACACAUUUCACCAGUGUA